AUGACUGCCAAAUUAUUAUCGCAUUACCCGUGGGCAAAAGCCCCGUUUAUUAUCGGUGCACCAAUGCGCGUCAUGUCUGGGCCUUCACUCGCUGUCGCUGUCUCACGCGCCGGUGGACUGGGUUUCAUCGGUCCUAAUAUCAAAACCAAAGACAUGGGUGUUGACCUGGAAGAAGCCUCAACCAUGAUUCAAAAUAUGCGUCCUCCAAUACCAGCAUUCAACUCCUUGCCAAUAAGUCCACUUUUACCAGUUGGAGUCGGGUUUCAGCUUUGGGGAGACGAUUUGGAUAUUGCCACCGAUACCAUUGAGAAGUUCAAACCAUGUGCUGCCUGGUUGUAUGCCCCUAAAGACGGAUCAAAAGACUACGACCGGUGGUCUCGUCACAUACGCCAAGUAUCGCCGGAAACCAAGAUCUGGAUCCAGAUUGGCACCCUGAAAGAAGCUAAAGAACUUUUACAAGUAUCAGAGAAGCCAGAUGUUAUUGUCGUUCAAGGAGCAGAGUCGGGUGGUCACGGUCGGGCGACAGAUGGGAUGGGCCUCAUGACACUCUUCCCUGAGAUAGCGGACGCGAUGGCAGCCAGUCAAAUUCCUCUGGUAGCAGCUGGAGGUAUCGCCGAUGGACGAGGAAUAGCAGCAUCCCUGUGCUUGGGAGCUUCUGGUGCGGCGAUGGGGACUCGAUUCCUAGCUGCGAGCGAAGCACGGAUUAGCAAGGGAUACCAAAAUGAGAUUGUGCGUGCAUCAGAUGGCGCUGCGAAUACGACGCGUACACUACUUUACAAUCAUUUGAGAGGAACAUUUGGAUGGCCGGCUGAGUACAGCCCGAGAACUGUCAUCAACAAAUCAUUUAUCGAGCACCAGGAAGGUGUUUCCUUCGACGAACUCAAAGGCCUGCAUGAUGAAGCUUUGAAAGCCGCUGAUCAGGGAUGGGGUCCAGAUGGCAGACUUGCAACGUAUGCUGGUGCGUCUGUUGGGCUUAUCCACAAUGUGGCUAGUGCAGUGGACGUUGUGGAAAAAGUGCGCAAUGAUGCAGUGAAAAGGGUUCAGUCUCUCGGGCUUGGAUUUCCCAAAGAAUGA